AUGGAUUCAGAAGACGGAGAACUGUUCAUAAAGCAACUUGCCAGCUUCGUGCGGACGCAUGAAAAGGCUCUCGCCAACGCCCUUCAGUUGCAACGCCGUCAAACUCGGCACAAAUCCUCUCAGAGCACUGGCUCUGCCGCCGCCCUCUCCCAGACCUCAACCUCCCUCCCCGAUCGACCCGCCACCUCCUCAUCCACUUCGAGUUCACUCGCCGCCGCCUUGUCGCUGGGCGCCCUCAGCUUCACUUCCCAUAAUGUUAAAUCGGCAAAGUUGGCGCUCACCCCUCACCACCUAUUCUACCUCCUCUCGCGUUUCGAAGAGCUCAACAUCAAUGUUGGCCCUAUGAAGGUCCGGCUAGAAAACCUCCACGACAGCUCAUCCUCCGCCAACUAUGUCUCGUUCCUCAGCAACACCCAACGGUCGAGAAGCAAGGGUUCCGAUAUCGAUUCCAUUCAUUCGGUAUCGAGUAUGCGCAGCGUCAUGUCUGGCAUGUCUGCCUUGUGGGCCAGCUUUGGCAUCGGUGCCAGCAUCUCUGCUGCCCGCACUGAGCGCCAGAAGGCUGCCCUGGAAGCCGACAUGAAGUACCUUUACUCUGCGUUUACCAAGAUCCCCUGCCUUAAGCUGGCACCGGAUUGGCGUGCUCGCCUGAUCCGUGGCUACGAGGAGUUCCCUUUUGACUCAGCCGUCCCUCUAUACGCUUUCAAGAAUCUCCAGGCCCUCGAGGUCAACAGCAUCGACUUUCGACAGUUUUUCGGUUGGGAUCGUCUGGCCGAUCAGCUGCGGUCGUUGACGCUCAAGCGUGCUGGCGUCGAGGACCCUGCGGACAUUCUGAUUGAGAUCGUAUUGGAUGACAUGGAUAAGCGUCGGAGACGGGUUUCCAAAUCACAGUCAUCACCUACCUCCGCCUGGGCAGGGAGCAGCAGCCCUCGACGAAGCGGUGUCCUCGCUGGCCAUCCAGAGCUUCAUCGGGCUGCUUCUGCACCGAGCUCCCCUGGUCAUCAUGUUGACAUGAGGAUUGGUUCCAUGACGCCCAGCGAACAUGCUGUGGAAGAAGGCAGCCGAAGGCAGUCUUUGAGCAGAGAGGACCAGGAGGAUUCCUCCAAGCCUCAACACAAGGAGGCUCGUCCCCGAAGCAACUCACCUCCUCGACCUGCUAGUUCUCGGACUCAGUCCCAUCACGUUCGUGGUGGACAUCACCGUAUGAGGCGAUCUGGAUCUGGUAGCUCUCAUUCCAGCCUCUCGGAUUCAUGGGGUGGUCACCAUCACGCCCGUGGUAGCUCGGGCAACCUACUUGCGAUGGGCAUCCUUCCCGCCUCCAAAUGGCGAUUCCUGAGACACUUGAGCUUGGCGGAAAACUCCAUGACCUCCAUUCCUCACAACAGCCUCGCGCCCCUCUCCAAUACACUCUACUCUCUUGACCUCUCAGCCAACCUCUUCAGUCAGGUCCCGGACAGCCUGGCCACCCUCACUGCUCUUCGAGCCCUCAACUUGUCGCAUUGCAUGAUCGACUCGCUUCAGUCGCUCACUCGCAACCCCCUCCCCGCCAUCACAGCCUUGAACCUCAGAGCCAACAGACUUCAGUGUCUGGCUGGUGUUGAGAAGUUGUUCCCCCUUGAGCGACUUGAUCUGCGAGAGAACCGUCUGGUUGAUCCCAUGGAGCUCGCGAGACUCACUGGUAUCCCCGACAUUCAUGAGAUUUGGGUUGAAGGCAACCCCUUCACACGCACGCACAAGGAUUACCGUGUCACCAUCUUCAAUCUCUUCCGCAAGACCCCGGGAUACACGGAGGAUGUCAUCAUUGAUGGCAGCGGACCCAGUUAUGCCGAAAAGCGUAUGCUGGUCGAACGCCCUCCCAUCCCCGAGUCCGUCCCCGUGGUCAAGCCACAGGCUCCUGAGGUGCCCACUGUUGAUGUGAGCAAGCCUGCUAUCAUCUACAAUCCUCCCAAGGAGCCUACUGUUCUCCGAAAAGAGCGGCCUGCUCCCAAGGCUGUCAUGAGCGAGAUCAACACAAGUUCGACACGUCGGCGGAAGACGCCCAAGAGGCGUAUCGUUGACCUUGCCACGUCUGAUACACUCCCCUCUCCCGCCCCUGUUGACGUGCACGUGGCGAAGCCAGCUGUCAGACAGCCCAAGGCGCCAGUCACAAACGAUGGGAACUAUCGAAUCUCCCAAGAGCCUGAGACUCAAUUGUUGCCUCCGGUGGUACUCUCCACCCACUCGGGCGCUGUGAGCGCCCCUGAAGUCCCCCGAAUCGAUACCAGUGUAGUACCAAACAUUUCCACUGUCUACUCCACCGACGACGACCGCGCGGAUUGGAAAGAGCCCCAGGAUUGGGAUGCCAGCGGAGAGAUGUAUCGCCAGAAGAUUGAGGCCUUGCGGAAUAAGGUCGGAAACGGCUACCUUUCAGUCCUGAGCGAGGAGAGCUGGGGCUCCAGCCGUCCGGCAGAGUAUUCAUCUCCUGGUAUCCCAUCUGCCCCUGUCAUGCGCACCGCUCAUACUCCAAUUCAUCUUCCCCAAGCGCAGGCCAUUCACAGUGGCCGAACCUUGGGCUAG